AUGGUCGUCGAUGGUAGUGGCAGUGAAGCUCCCGAUACUGGUGAUAAUCUCGAAAAUUUUAUUGGUGCAGUUCUAGUUGGUGCGAGCCUCACAUUAACCGGUAACUCUGCAUUAAGAAUGGCAGCACUACGGACAAGUGGCUCGAAAAUGUUUCUUUUCCCGAUCGUCAACAUCGCGAUGCUUAUAAACGAGUUUGCUGUGAUGCUGUUGAUUUUUUCCGCCGCGAAUUCAUUGAGUGAUAAUUGGGGAAUGUGGGCCAGUUUUGUGAAUAAUGUCACCUAUUUUGUUUCUAAGCCAACAGUUUUAUACCUGGCAUAUUUACGGUGUAGAGCUGCUUAUGAACCAUAUCGAAAAUAUAGACAUAUACAUUACUUCAUAAUUGCUUUUCGUGCGAUAGAAUUAUUUGUGCUUGUGAUUAUUAAUAUUCAUAUAAUUACGGCAUGUGGGGGAAAAUUCACGGGAGUUUGUGCCGCGGAAUAUGUAAUCUACAGAAUACGAGAUGCGCUAGCACCAGUUUUUCGUUUCUAUUAUAUAAUAUCCGAGGGAAUAUUCUACCUUAAACUAUUUAGCACGCUGAAAAAAAUUCACUCAUCUGAGACCCCUAAUAAACACGUUUUACGUUAUCGCACUUACCAAACGAUCCUUUUCACAGUGGAUCUGACCAUCUUGAUAGCGAUGAGCAUCUACCGAUUGGUGGUUCUCGCAAGCACCACCACCAAGCCUACUUACGUGUAUGCGGAAUUAUUUAGCGCCGCGUUGACAGUUUUUGUGAUAACGGAAUUUGGACUCACAAUCCCGGAACUUUUUAAGUCUUCAACUGGCACUACUGGAAGCAUAAUACCGACUUACAAUGCACAUUGUUCUUCUGAACACAUGGUUUCUCCGGGAAAGACGGCUCCACGAAAUUUAUCCGUCAUUACCAAUAACAAUAAUGACAACAUCAAAAAAAAGCCAUCAGCUGUCAUUCUUUCAAAUGACAUUAAUAAAGGAAAAAAUUCCAAAUUGAAUAGUAAUAAUCAUAACGGAAAAAAUUCAAUCAGUGAACAUCUUCGGAAUACGGCACGCGAAUUGAUUGCGAGAGAACAAACAACACCACCACCACCAAAAAGAGCUCGAAGACUAACCAAAGAAAGUCUCCGAUUCAAUCCAAUAUGGAAAAAACGAUAUCCGUGGGUAGUUCACGAAACGGUCGACAACAAAGAACGCAUUUUCUGUAGCUGGUGUCGUGUCGCCAAUUGUAAUAAUAAAUUCGCGACGGAAGGAUGCGAAUGGAUAAAAGAGGAUUCACUUGUUCGGCAUCAAAAAGUCAAAGAACACGUAAAUAUUGUCAAAGGGCGAACCACAGGAAAUGCUUCGACCGUUGAUAACCCAUCGCCGGUUCGGUUUACGCAGUUUUAUGGAUUGGGAAAGGCUAAAGUUAUUGAGAAUAUGCGAAUCGCAUAUUUUAUGAUUAAACAGAAUAUGUCGUUGGACGGGUAUCAGGAAAUGUGCAAUUUUAUUACUUUUCAGUUUCAAAAUCAGACGGGAAUUACACUUGAUGCUCCACCAAUUUCGAUACAUCCCUUUCUUUUAAAUUCACGAAAAAUCAUUACAACGUCUAAUAAUACCAUAAAGAUAAAGAAUGGCGCAAACAAUCAUACUAGUGGAAUAUUGGGUGCAACAUAUGUCAAUCCUGUUUCAGUCAUCGAUAUAGUACAAGCAAUGUCUCGAGUAAUUGAAGAUGCCGUUCUAUCAGAAUUAUCUGAAUCUCCUUGCUGGAGCUUACUUCUUGAUCAUGUGACCUAUCAGUCUGGUAGAAAAUCGAUUUCCGUGUAUUCAAAGCAUUUAUCAGCAGAUCAUAGUCCUGGAAUCCGUUAUUUGGGAAUACUUGGAUUCUCAUCCACAGAUCCAUUUACUGCUUCGAAUAAUUUGGAAGCAUUUUGCACUUCGAAGCGAAUUUCAAUGGCGAAACUCGCUCAUGUUGAUAGAUCAAAUGGUAUAGUCUCGCAUUUGAAAUCAAAACAACCAUUCCUUUCUUCAAUUCACACUGUCGGUCAAAGUAUUCAUUCAUCAAUGAAAGAAGCCGCAGAUGCGGUGCUAUAUUUCAUACAAUACCAAACAACAAUGAAUGAAAUACUUGAUUACUUUUCGGUUAUCUCUGAUCCGCCAUCAAGUCUAAAACCAAUCGGCGAAGGGAUAACCAGCAGUUUAUAUAACAUUGACGCAGCAAGAUUUCUAUCAUGGUGCCAAGAAAUAGCAGUGAAUUCACAGAUUUUGGAUGAAAUCAGAAUCGCGCUAUCACUAAGUAAUGCAGAAAAUGCAACGACUCUGUGUAACAAAAUUGACCAGAAUUUCACAAUCGCCACGAAAUUGCUUGCCGACAUUUACAACAUUCUUCAGAAUCUCGUGAUUUUCUUUCAAGGUGAUCCGAUUUCUGUUGCUGAUCUUUAUCCAUUUGUUAAUCAAGCAACCACGAAAAUAUAUGUAGAGUUUAUUGGCAGUUCGGAGGAUCGCCCAAACUAUGGGUCAAUGCUUCGUCAAUUUGUCGAGAAAACAUUGACACUUGGUGCUACUCUUCCGAAAUUCAUUCCGCAAUUCGCCACUGCGACAAUCAACGCACUAAACGAGCGAUUUCCAAUGCUAGAUGUCUACAAUAACAUGCGUAUAUUUGAUCCACGGUUUUUGCCAAACGAGCGUCGCGCAAUUGGUCCCUAUGGAAAAGAAGAAAUAGACACGCUAAACAAAAUAUACGGGAACCCGAAUUUCGAAAACGGGGUAAUUUUCCCACCUGUUAUUGACUCACAAGCAUUAAUCAAAGAAUGGAGUCAAGCCAAAUACUUGUUGUCCGGGUUCAAGGAAUUACCGUUCACCGAAGCAUGGAAAAAAACGUUUGAAACGGUAGAAUUCAUUCAAGAAUUCCCAAAUAUUGUAAAGAUUAUUAGUAUCGCGUUGACUGUGCCUUAUUCGAAUGCGCACGUAGAGAAUCUUUUGUCGCGACAAAAACGGAUUGCGGUGCAGCAUGCUGGGCGUAUGGAACCAGAGUUGCUUCAUGCUUAUAUGAUGAUUGCUCUUAAUGGUCCUUCAUACGAUAAGUUUGAUUAUGAGAAGGCCUAUGAUGUUUGGGCGAGAGCUGGGUUCAGAGGAUGA